UAUUUAUGAUUUGUGAGCAAAAGUAAUCAACGGCGACACGAACGCGUCUGUAAUCUAAUGUUUUAAAUUAAUAAACGAAAGACUUAAGACUUCUACAUGUAUCGACUUAACAAAAACAAUAUGGUCUAAUAAGAAAACGAAGCUAAAGUCCUAAAUCUUUAUGUCAAAGGUAGGCUUUUUAAAACUAAGCAAAAGCUCUUUUUAAAGUACGUAUCAAAUGAUGUCGCGCCAAGUUGACUCAAAUAUAAGCAAGCUUCUUGAUGGUAGUGGCUUAAAUGGGGAAGAAAAUGACUUUUGUGACUUCACAAUAGCAGAUCAAAAUUCUGUUGCUGAAUCUCAGGGUAUUACCCCAACUACUCCAUCCAAUUUUAAACCCAUACUUGGAAGUAAUGUCACGUACGUUGUCGCUUCAGUAAUAUUAAAUGAAAAAAAUGAAUUGCUUAUGAUGCAAGAAGCAAAAGAAAGUUGUGCUGGAAAAUGGUACUUACCUGCUGGACGAAUGGAAAAAGGUGAAACAAUAAUUCAGGCUGCAACCAGAGAGGUACUCGAGGAAACAGGGUUGCAUUGUAAGCUGGAUACUUUACUGAUGGUGGAAACAGCUGGUGGUACCUGGUUUAGAUUUGUUUUAACAGGAAAUAUUGUUGGAGGGGACCUUAAAACACCCGCUAAUGCUGACAAAGAAUCCUUACAAGCCAAAUGGAUAGCCAAUCUACAAGAAAUAUCACUGAGAUCAAAUGAUAUCUUACACCUCAUUGAGAAAGCUAAAAUGUACAAACAGAAACCACCUGGUGUAAAUUGGCACCAGCCUAUUUUGCCAGCACCCAUCCCACAUAUUAAAGAUCUGUUGAGGCUUAUUGUAUUAAUAAAAAAAAGAAACACCAACAGGUUACAUGUGCUUCUGAGUGAGAAAACAACAUUACAUUUUCCGACAUGUGAAAUAAAUCCUGCAAAAAGCGUACAUUCAACGCUGAGAAGGUUCAUGGUUGAAAUGUUUGGUGCUGAUGUCGCUCAACACAGACCAUUAGGGCUUCUGAAUGUAGAGGCCGAUCCCAGCGCUGACGGAUGUUGCCUAACAUUACUAGUAGCAUUUCGGCCACCACUUGAAGAAGUACCUUUAAUUGGAAAAUGUGCCUGGCAUGAAUUGUCACAAGACGUGGAAAAGCAGCUUAUUCCCAUAGUCACAUCAAAGAAUUCCACAAUUGAGUUGCAUGUGGUACGUUGAUUCGAUAAACAUAAUGUUCAUAAAGUUUGAGCUCUUACAGGUUUUAUAUUAUACCUGACAUUUUAAAUUGGCUCUCUAUUUUUUAUUAUCUACUAACAACUAUGUUAUUUUUCUUACAUAUAAUCAUUAUUGUGUUUAACACAUGACUGUUUAACAUUCCAAAAUAUAUGACAUAAUAUAAUUACAAUAAUCUUAAAGAUGUUACAACGAUUAACAUAAUGUUAAUAAAAUUAAUUAUAUCAUGAAUAAACUUCAAAUGUAUUAUCUGGUGAUGGUAAAUAGCUUUAGCGUAAACUUUAAAAUUAAAUAUAAUAUUAUGUACUUAAUAUAAUCAAGAUCUGAAAUAUAUAUAUGUCUUAAAUUGUUAAAAAAUAUGUUCAAAAUAUUACUUAUUUUCCUAUUAUAUAGAAAUCUCAAAUAUUAUAUAUAGUACAACAAUAUUUUCAUACCAAAUCAUGUAUGGUGCUUUUAGUGUACUUAGAUUAUAACAAUAAAUAAAGUAUGUACCAAUUCGUAUUUCUUAUCACAUUUUAACAUCUCAUAAUGUUAAAAGAUAUUAUUUUAUUGUUAAACAAAUUAUCGUAGAUGACAUGACGUAAAAAUAAACAAUAGAUUUUGUAUCCAAAUAAGAAUUUUACUUUAUUACCUCCUGAGUGAAACAGAUUACUCAUUAACAUAGUUACAUGAAGUUAAGAAUCUAAGUAUGUAAUAAAUAUAUAUUUAGUCCAAGGUUUACGUAGCGGUUACUAAUACAACUUAACUUGUAGAACUACUUUCAAAACUACGAUUGUAGACUUAAACCACAACAGACGCUUAAAUGUAAAAGAAAUAAGUAGUGAAUACAGAGAAAAGAGAAAAAUAAUUCUGCGGUUAUAGCCACUGAUAGAUUUAUAAUACCACAAUUUCGUGCACGUGUAAAUGAUUCUAAAAAUUUAACGUAAAUUUAAAAUGUACUGAGUAAAUUAACAGCCCAUUUAAUAAAAAAUAUUAAUAUCGCAAUAAUCCAGCCAGGCCGCUUAAUCUGAAUCAUAGCAGCUUAAAAUGGCGUCCCAAAAAUAACGAUUAGAUGUCAAAGUGGAAUUUCUAAGUUUGAUAAAAUAUUAAAGAAGAAAAAAAAUGUAA